GGAAUCAGUCACUUUCAGACCACCUUGUAACCCUUGACUAUGUUUUCUUUAGUGCUUGUCUCAGACUGGGAUAAAAGAUGAGAAUGUAGCUAUACAGUUUCAACUGGUUUCAUAAAAAAAAAAUAUUCUUUCUCGGUUAUAAAUACCUUGGACAUACUCUCAUUUCCUACUCAACAUUUCUUCUUCUUCUAAAACUACAAGAAAAAUACCUCAAGAUUAUUGACAUCAAAGUUGAUAGCAUAAUGGAUCCUUCAGAGACUCUAAGGAAUAAGUGUGCAUCCUGCUAUAGGCAAUUCAACAGAAAGGAGCACCUAGUGGAACACAUGAGGACCUCAUACCACUCGGUUCAUGAGCCCAUUUGUGGAAUUUGUGGAAAACGCUCUCGAUCAUUUGAAUCUCUUCGAGAACAUCUUAUAGGACCCUUACCAAAGGCAGAAUGUGAAAGGGUGUUUCGCGAGCGUGGUUGUGACUUAUGCUUAAACAUCUUUGGCAGUCGCAAUGCUCUCAGGGUUCACCGAGAUACAUGCCAACUAUCAUAUGGAUAUAAUGCUGUACUAUACCGAUUUGCUAACUUAGGCAUCCAAGAUGACCUAAGAAUCGAUAACGGGAAAUCAAGAGCUGUUGCACUUGCUUGCAAGAUGGUUGGUGGUGGUAGUGAUGGUUCUUUGGAUCUUUGUGCAAAAAUUUGCAUCAUUGAUGAAUAUGAGAAUAUAUUAUUCCGGUCCUAUGUCAAACCAUACCUUCCUGUUACACACUACAGGUAUGAGACAACUGGCAUUCGGCCCGAAUACCUCAGGGAUGCAAUGCCACUUAGACAAGUUCAAAGAAAGAUUCAAGAUUUCUUGUGCAAUGGAGAACCCAUGUGGAAGAUCCGCCCAAGAGGUGGGAAAGCAAGGAUUCUUGUAGGUCAUGGUUUGGAUCAUGAUCUUAAAUGCAUGGAGUUGGAGUACCCUGCAAUUAAAUUAAGAGAUACAGCAAACUAUCCACCCUUAAUGAAGACUAGCAAGCUCAGCAACUCACUUAAGUAUCUUACAAAAGCAUACCUCGGGUAUGAUAUUCAAGUUGGGAUACAAGAUCCUUAUGAAGAUUGCGUUGCAACGAUGAGGCUUUACAGGAGGAUGAGAUCACAGGCUCAUAGAAAUGAGAACUAUCCGCUUGCUUCGGACCCACAAAAUAAGAAUAACUUUGCUUCAUGGAGACAAAGUGAGCUUGAGAGGAUGACUCCUGAGGAACUGUUGGCAAUCUCAAGGUCCGAUUUCUAUUGUUGGUGCCUAGACGGCAAAGACUAUGUUUAAACUAACGGAACCUACCAUUGAAAUCCAGAUUGUUUUAGCUAAUUAUAUAUCUAUGAGAUUAUUAGAGGAAUAAAACAUGGGAAUUUGUCCAUGGUCAAUUAAUUCUAUCUAUAGAUUUAAAGAUCUAUUUGCAUAAUGUAUAUGAUCCAGGCAUGUGCCUAUA